AAAAGUCCAGCAGUCCGGUUCCCAGCGAUCACGACCACAGUUUCGAAUCUGGAAUUUCGAAUUUGGAUUGAGUUGGGUUUUGAAGUGCUUUCUUAAUCGGUCCCCAGGUCCACAGAGCAACUGAGACUAGUCACUCGCACACAGCACAGCCUUCGAGAUGUCGCAGCCACUCAAGUUCUACUUCGACUUCCUGAACCAAUCGAGCCGGGCGCUCUACAUCCUUUUGGAGGCUUCCAAAAUCCCCUUCGAGGCCAUUCCCAUUUCGAUGCUCAAAGGCGAGCACUUGACUGGCGAGUUCCGGGACAACGUGAACCGGUUCCGCAAGCUGCCUGCGAUCACAGAUCACGGCUAUCAGCUGUCCGAGAACGUGGCCAUCUUCCGGCACCUGGCCCGCGAGAAGCUAGUGCCGGAGCACUGGUAUCCACGUCGCCAUCUCGGUCGCAGCCGGAUCGAUGAGUACCUGGCCUGGCAGCAGACCAACAUGGGCGUGGCCACCACGGAGUAUUUCCAGCAGAAAUGGCUGGUGCCCUAUCUGCAGAAGACCCGGCCCGCCGAUAAUGCGGUGAAUCUCGCCGGCAAGCAGCUGGAGCACACGCUCAACGAGUUCGAGCAGCUGUUCCUCAACUCCCGCAAAUUCAUGCUUGGCGACAACAUCUCCUUUGCGGACCUCAGCGCCAUCUGCGAGAUCGACCAGCCAAAGUCCAUUGGCUACAAUACCUUCCAGAACCGCAACAAGUUGGCCCGCUGGUACGAGACGGUGCGCGAGGAGCUGGGCCCCCACUACAAGGAGGUGCUCGGGGAGUUCGAGACCAAGCUGAAGGGCAGUGGCAGUGGGCAGCAGCAGGGCGUGGCCCAGGCGGUGAAGCAAUAGCCGAGGGACCCGUCCAGCCUGGGACCGUCCACAAAUCUUGUUUAGUUGCCUAAGACAAUCGACUAUUUAACCCCUUUUUUUUGCCCGUGACGUAUUUAAUAUUUGUGAUUAUAUUUGCUCUUCCUAGCCGAUAAGUUUUAACACUCUUUCCUUUUUUUUUUUCAAAAUUUGUCCCUACUAUUGCUCAUUUGUUUCCCCGUUGUCCUAUCAUAGCUACAAGUAAACCUUACAUAUAUUAUUAGAACCUAGUUGUUAAAUAUGUAUCUUAAUUAUACGUAUUAAAGUACGCUUAUGAUUGUUA